AGUGUGUGUGUAACAUUUGAAGGAAAUGAGUGGAUUGUCCACCGGGAUGCUAAAUAUUUUAUCAGUUUCUGCUAAAUUUUACCAUGUGAGUUUCUUUUGAUUUUUCUGCCGGAAAGUGUUUUGUACAAAAGAAGUGAUUAAAUUGAUAAAAAAUACCUGAAAUAUGUUAAGACGAAAUAUAAAGUGUUACUUAACAGUAUCCAGGAGAUUCAGUGCAAUAUCAGCGGCUGUCAAUCCGGAAAAGGCAAAAAGAAUCCCCAUAGUAACCUGCAAAAGGAAGGAGUUUGAUUUGUUUUAUGGGGAAGAAUUGCCUGACGAAAAUGCAAAAUUUGGGGCUGUUCCGCUUGCUUCAUCCGGAUGGCAUCACUACAAAUCCAAAGGGGACUUCUUCCACAUCCAUCCUUUUUACUUCAACGACAACUGGAGGCUGAGCCCUUCCAAUGUGAGCUUCGGAAAUUUGGGCAUCCGCGGGGAAGUUUUAAAAACAGCUGAGGAGCUUUUCAGCAUUUCCCGGCCCAGUUUGAUCCAGGAAAUCGCUAUUCCGGAAAUUCUCAAGGGAUUCCACACCACAGUUGCCGCAGAGACAGGUUGUGGGAAGACUAUGGCUUAUUUGCUGCCGAUUGUGGAACAACUGUUGAGGAGGAGUCAGAAUCCGCCAAAAGCCAGAAGCUUCAACACUCCUCUGGCUCUCAUCAUCAGCCCAAGCAGGGAGCUUGCAUCGCAGAUUGGGGAAGUGGCUGAGAAGCUUUGUGAGCCUCACGAUCUCAAAGUGAAAACCCUCCUAGGAGGAAACACAAAACACAAAAUGAUGAAUCCUUCCUUCGAGGAUGUGGACAUCUUGGUGGGAACCCUCGGAGUCAUCAAUAAACUCACGGCUAAUCAGAUCUACCGGAUGGGAUCUGUGAGGCAAGUUGUGCUGGAUGAAGCAGACACCCUGCUAGAUGACAGUUUCUCUGACAGACUCUCCUACUUCCUCCAGAGAUUUCCGUUUCACAAGAAUCAGACGAGUGAUUCAGGAGCUCAACUGAUCAUGGCCUCUGCCACAAUUCCUCUCAACCGUGAGGAUAUGCUGCUGAAAAUAAUCGAUGUUUCUGCAGUUAAGGACAUCCGGACCCCCAAUCUUCAUAAAUUGGUUCCGAAUGUCCUUCAGAAAUUUCUCAGAAUGAGCAAAAUCAAUCGACCCCCAAAUCUUCUGAGCAUCAUCAAAUCCGGUCUGAAGCAAGAUCAGUCAAUUCUGGUUUUUGGAAAUAAAACCUCUACAGCUGACUACAUUUCGAUCUUCCUGAAGGAAUCAGGCGUUGAGUGUAUCAAUCUCAAUGCUGACAUGCCAAUGCCAAUCAGAGCGGAUCAGUUUGGUCGAUUCCGAAGAGGAGAAGUCAAAGUGUUGUCCACAACGGACAUUGGAAGCCGUGGAUUGGACACAAGGCAUGUCUCCCAGGUGAUCAACUUCGACUUCCCUCUGCACAUGGCUGACUACAUUCACAGAUGUGGUCGGACAGGGAGGUUAGGAGGAGUAGACAAUUGCACAGUGACUAAUUUCGUGUCCAGCAUGAGGGAAUUGAGGAUUGUUCAGGAGAUUGAGCAUGCAGCCAGGACGAGGACAGUUCUACCGAAUGUUGACGGGAACAUAACAAAUAUUAUCCGGAAGAAAAUUAUAAGGAGUUUGAAAAAAGAUUGAUUAAAUUAAAGAAGAUGAAAAGAUAGGAAAAAUAAAUUGAUUCAAAAAUUGU